CAUCAUCAUCGACUCCCUAUUAAUAUGAGCUAAAUUUGGGUGUGUGAGCAUUCGCUUUACUUUUCCAUUUGGUAAAUUUUGUGGAGAUCAAAAUGGCUUAUGUUCCACCCCAUAAACGAACUUAUUCAAAGAACGAUGAUGAGAGGUCUUCUUCUUCUUCUUCACAUAUUUCAGUACCAAAACCAGAGCUGCCUCCUCCUUUGUUCAACAAAACUCUUAAACUCAACUCUCCCGGAACUUGUAGUAGUAAUGGCCACUGCCAUGAGAUGGCUUAUGCAUAUGAAGAUAUAUUCAAAUGGUUCGCUGUUGGUUUCGAUAAUGAUCACAGUAAUCACUUUCCACCUUCUCUUCAUCUUCAACCUGUUUUUGUUGAAUCCCGCGACUGGAAAAUUGUAAAGCGUCAAGCUUUGUAUAACACUAGUGUUCAUGAUCUAACCAAACAGAGCUCUACGAGAAGCCCAUGGGAAUACAUAGCUGAGAAUUUGUUGCCAGACUUGCUUUCUUCUCUUGAAGAUUUGAGUAGCAAAAUGGGAUUUCAAAACCUUGUUGAAGCUAAGCCAACUCUGGUCACAAAGUUUGGCAAAGUUCUUUUUCGUGGGAAGCCAUCAUCAGUUAACCAAGAAUCUGUCACAACAACAAAUUUGCUUUCUGAAGAGCUAAUGAGACCGCUGAGAAGUUCAUUCUACACAUCUAUUCCAAAUUCAUAUGUGGAAUACAUAACAAUAGAAGCUGCCUCAAAGAAUGGACUUGAGUUUGACAAAGACAAAGAAGCAUACCUUGUAUUUUUCUCUGAAGCCAGUCGGUCAGAAGAAAGUAUUUUCUGCAAAUGUAAGGUACUAAAAGAAGAUGGAAAGCUUCAUCUACACAAGAUCAAACAUGGCCAUGUGCGACACAUGCUCAGGGACAUAUCUUGCCUUGAGAAGAAUAUGGACAUGAGGCUGGAUCUAUGCACCAAAAAAACUGUAGCUGCUUUAGCUGAUGAUGACAUGAAAAGCAUCAAUGAUUUGAUUGAUUCAGCUAUUUUGGACAAAGAAGUUAAGGGUGGACUGAGAUGGCCCUUGGGGAAGUCAUCAGCUUCUGGAGAUAAAUUUGGUGUGACUUCAGUCUGGCAUGUAACAAGUAAAACAUACAAAAAUCCAUCACUGAAGCUGAAGAUCAAAGAUGUUGAUCGCUAUAGAGUUUGGUCUUCAACCGGGCAAGCUACAAGGGAGGUUGAUAUAAUGUUCAAAGGAGUAGCUUCAGAACUAAUGAAACAAGAGGUUGAUAGGAAUCUCAUUAAUGAGAUGCUUAAGGAUGACUUGAAGGUUCUAUGGAACGACUUCCUUAGCUGUGAACAGUUUCCAUGAUGAUGUUAUUUCACGAUGUGAACAUGUCUCUCAGGGAAGAAGCGUUUGGCAGUGUUUGAAUUACGUUAUUGUAUAUAAAAUUUAGUACGAAAUUGUAAUAGAAUGUUUGGUUUUGCAUGUAUUACAUGAUAUAUAAGGUGAAUGAUCUAUUUGUUUUCUCUUGAUGUUCAGUUAACACAGAAAUAAGGGUUGAUUAUAAGGAAGACUUGAAGUAGUUUUUAUGUAAUUUUUAACUACUUAGUUUUCGUGGAAUUUAAGUAAAGAAUUGAUACU